AUGGCCCCCGAUUUAUCCUCUGCUUCUAUGAUAGCUGUUUUAGCGGUUGGAUGGACCCUCUAUGGUGUUAUCUGGCGACUCUACUGGAGUCCACUGGCCAAAUUCCCCGGUCCCAAGAGCGUUGCCCUGACAUAUUGGGUAGAAUUUUACCAUGAUGUUAUCAAGGGUGGGAUGUAUAUCUGGGAAAUCGAAAAAAUGCACAGGAAAUACGGGCCCAUUGUACGAGUCAGUCCGUACGAGAUACACUGCAAUGAUCCUGAGUUCUACAAUACAAUUUACGCCUCGUCUCCGGCGCGACGUGACAAAUAUGAGAAAUUCACCAAGUCUCCGGAUUGUAAUAAUGCCACAGGGUUCACCGUUGAGCAUGCUCAUCACCGACUUCGGCGCGAGGCCUUGGCUCCGUUCUUCAGCAAACGCAAUACUGUCAUGCUGGAAGAAAAUAUGAAGGCUUGCGUCGAUACGCUGUGCGGCAAUAUGCAAAAGUACAAAGAGUCCCAGACUCCUUUCAAUUUGACGGUUGGAUCUCUGGCCACAACCAUGGAUAUUCUUACCUCCUAUUGCUUUGGUGAGCCUUUUGGUUUGCUGAAUAACGAGCCAAUAGCAAAAAAAUGGCGGGAUACAAUUAUUCAUGUUAUGAGAGCACUGCCGAUCAUCCGAAAUUUCCCGCUUAUGGCUCGACUGGUCGAAGUCCUCCCUGACUAUCUUUCGGCUGCGAUACUACCAGAUCUUUCAAUUUUGAAUAGCUGGAAGUCGCAAAUUGGUCAUCAGGUUGAGGCAGUAUUAGCCUAUAAGGGUAUCUAUGCUACGGUCGACCGUGAAAAGAAAACUGUAAUUGAGCAACUGCGGGAUAGUGAGAAACUACCAUUAAAGGAAAGAACGGCACAACGGCUAUCUGAAGAGUGUUCCAUUCUGCUCAUCGCUGGCAGUGAAACCCCGGCUAAAGUCAAUGCGGUGCUGUGGUAUCAUCUGCUUGCGAAUUCGGAUAAGUCGAGCAAAUUACGAGCUGAAAUCGCGAAGGUUUACAGUGAUCCGGCCUCAUCGCUGCCUUCUGUGUCGAUUCUUGAAGAUCUUCCAUAUCUCACUGCUUGUAUCUUGGAAGGACUUCGAAUCCAGAGUGGCGUAUCUGGGCGCUCGCAGCGUCUGGCACUAACUCCCCUUCAGUACAAAGAGUACACUAUCCCAGCAAUGACCCCCAUGAGCUCCAUUUCAGUUUUUCAACACUAUAAUGAGUCAUUAUUCCCAGACCCUGGUUCUUUUGUUCCUGAACGAUGGUUACUUGAAGAUGAUACGGGACUGGUGAGGGUGAAUCAUAGUUUGAAGCAACACCUGGUCGCGUUUGGGCACGGAACCAGGAAUUGUCUAGGAUACAACCUUGCCUUUUCAGAGCUGUAUUUACUAACUGCUGCUCUGGCGACGAGAAUGGAUUUAGAAUUAUAUGAAACCACGAUCGAGGAUGUGGCUAUCCAGAGGGAUUGGACUAUACCUCAGCCAAGAGCGGACACCAAGGGGGUGCAGGUCAUGAUCCGAUAA